AAUAAAAUAAAAUAAAUGGUUCAAACAAACACGUGUCAAGUUUUGUCCGGCGGUGUACGUUGCCCAAGCGUGCUUAUAUUGGCCCGAUCGUUGCUGUUCACUGCAGCUUCACCUGCUCUUUUAGAGCAUCAUUAUCCCAAGUUUUUAAUGGGUCUUUUAGAUUAAUUUUGAUUUAAAACAAAAUCAAAAAUACAUAUUAACACAAAAGACGUAUCUUAUUUAGGGGAAGCAAGGGACAUUUCUUAAUGUACACGUGUCGAAUCUCCAACAAAAUCAAUCUCUCAAAAGCCAUCACCACCUCUGAUAUCCUCUUCGAUCUCGUCUCCGACGCCAUGUUUUUUGACGUCGACAUGAGGUACUCUCUUCCCAUGUACAUCUCCACCCUCCGUCUCCACGCUUUACCUCUCCGCCUCACGAUUUCCGAGCUCCGAUCACUCCCCAACGCCUCCUCCGUCCUGAUCAAUCUCUCUGCGCAAUCUUCCUCCGUCCCGACCUUCAUCGUCAUCACCUUCUUCUCACUCGUCGCAAUUGGUUUUCUCACCCUUCUUCUUCUUGAACAAACGAUUGUUAUCAGGAAAGAGAACCUGGAACUCAGCCUCCUCUAUGCAACUCUGACAGUGACCCAAAUCAGAUUCAGUGGCUCCGUUACUCUCAGUGGCGGCCAAGAUUGGAAGGCAACGUUGAGGGUCCCACCUCCUGAUACUCGUUAUCAGACUGGUGCCUUCUGCAUUCCAGUUCUUGAGAAAAUUGAUCCAAAUACCAAUAUUAUUCAAGAUGUGAUGCCAUUGAAGCUAUAUCUCAUUUUGGACACGGCACCGUAACUGCAUGGAGAGAAAUUGAAGAAUCACUUUGGGAUGUGGAACAUGCUUUUUUUCCUUGCCGUCUCCAAAGGCGAAUGCUCUUGCCUCUUGCAGGGGACAUGAAUUCAUGGGUUUUAGAGUGACAUUGCUUUGUUUGUUUUUAAAGAUACAAUGACUUAAAAAAACAGGUCCUACCGAUAAAAAGGAGACUGUUGAAUAAUAGAAUCAUUGUUCAUAGUCUAUGACAAAAGAAAGAUAAUAACCAAUUUUUCAAAGAAUUUAUAAUA